GGGCCGAGCGGCGCCAUGCGGAGGCUGCAGGUGGUGCUGGGCCACCUGAAGGGCCCGCAGGGCCCGGGCCCAGAGCCGGCGCUGCAGGGCAGGCCGUGCUGGGGCGGCGCCCCGCGAGGCUCCCCGGCGGACGUGGUGGUGGUGCACGGACGGCGCACGGCCAUCGGCCGAGCGGGCCGCGGCGGCUUCAAGGACACCACCCCGGAUGAGCUGCUCUCGGCCGUCAUGACCGCGGUUCUCCGGGAUGUCCAUCUGAGCCCGCAGGAGCUGGGGGAUAUUUGCGUGGGAAAUGUACUUCAGCCGGGGGCCGGGGCAGUCAUGGCCAGAAUUGCCCAGUUUCUGAGUGACAUCCCAGAGACCGUGCCUUUGUCCACUGUCAAUAGACAGUGCUCAUCGGGGCUGCAGGCAGUGGCCAGCAUAGCUGGUGGCAUCAGAAAUGGGUCUUAUGACAUUGGCAUGGCUUGUGGGGUGGAGUCCAUGUCCCUGGCUGACAGAGGGAACCCAGGAAAUAUUACUUCUCGCUUGGUGGAUAAGCAGAAGGCCAGAGAUUGCCUGAUCCCAAUGGGGAUAACUUCGGAGAAUGUAGCUGAGCGCUUUGGCAUUUCACGGGAGAAGCAGGAUGCCUUUGCGCUGGCUUCCCAGCAAAAGGCAGCCAGAGCACAGCGCCAGGGCUGUUUCCACGCAGAGAUUGUGCCUGUGACUACCACAGUCCAUGACGACAAGGGCACUGAGAAGAGGAUCACUGUGUCCCAGGAUGAGGGGAUUCGCCCCAACACUACCAUGGAGGGCCUGGCCAAGCUGAAGCCUGCCUUCAAGGCGGGUGGCUCGACCACGGCUGGAAACUCAAGCCAAGUGAGUGAUGGUGCAGCUGCCAUCCUACUGGCCCGGCGGUCCAAGGCAGAAGAAUUGGGCCUUCCCAUCCUGGGGGUCUUGAGAGCCUAUGCCGUGGUUGGAGUUCCGCCUGAUGUCAUGGGCAUUGGACCUGCCUGUGCCAUCCCUGUAGCUUUACAAAAAGCAGGGCUGACCAUAGAUGACGUGGACAUCUUUGAGAUCAAUGAGGCUUUUGCGAGCCAGGCUGUCUACUGUGUGGAGAAGCUAGGACUCCCCCCUGAGAAGGUGAACCCUCUGGGGGGUGCAGUGGCCUUGGGUCAUCCACUGGGCUGCACCGGGGCUCGACAGGUGGUCACGCUGCUCAACGAGCUGAAACGCCGCGGGAAGAGGGCAUACGGAGUGGUGUCCAUGUGCAUCGGGACAGGCAUGGGAGCCGCUGCUGUUUUUGAGUACCCCGGGAACUGAGUGAGGCCCCAGGCUAGAGAUGCUGUCAGCGAGGAAGCGACACUACAAAAGUGGGGCCGCGUGGGAAGGCUCGGCGCUGGUGGUGGUGGUAGCAACAGGCAAAUGAAGGCACGUCACCUCGUUUGGGAAAUGUGGACACUGAUGACGGCCCGGGGGGGCCAGAGUCGUCCCGGACCACCCGGGUCUCAAGGCCGCCCUGUCAUCCCGGGGGAGGGGCUCGCGGCUGAGGGCGCCGCAGGUGCAGCAGUAAAUGAGUUCCCACCGCGGGGUGCGCGUGCUCCUUUCCGAGGGCCGCCA